AUGGGUUUAUCAGGAAGUAGAACUAGAAAACUUAUUCUAGUAAAUGAAGGGGAUACUAAAUGCGGUAAAGGCGGGCCUUUACCUCCAGAAAUUACCAAAAUUAUGAAAGACAUGGACAAAGCAGAAGGACGAGAUAAAGAACCUCCUAAAAAGGAUUACUGGGGUGACCGCGUCAAACAAAUGCAGAAAAAACACGACGAGAUUGCUGGCGUUAUGGAAUCAGCAUAUCAUAAAGCUUUUGAAGAAUUGGGCGGAAAACGACCCGGAAAAACAUCCACGUACGUUCCUUGUGCAGCUGAUACAAAAAAGCUUAUCGCGUGCUACAAGAGCCACCCUAAUGAACCGAUGUUAUGUGCUGAACUCUUUCAGGCUUUCGAAGAAUGUGUCACAAGAGAACGUAUAGAAGCUACCAUAGAAUGCUGUUGUGAAUAA